AUGACAGCCACCACAUGCAAAAACAACCUUUCGAGCAACCACAAGUUCAGCAUCCCCGACCUGAAGGUGGGGACGCUAGACGUCUUAGUUGGGCUCUCUGACGAAUUAGCCAAAUUAGAUUCCUUUGUUGAAAGGAAUUUUGCAUGGUGCUGAUGCUAGCAAGAUCUGCUGCCUAAACCUGGCAAUUUGCACUGUAGUGGCACACAAGAAGGUCUUUUCGUGAGUAAUAUUUAUAGCCAGUGACCCAUGUUCUGCAUGUAUGUUUGAACGUCAGUUCAAGUCCUUCAGAAAUUUUGACAUCAAAAUGUCGCCCACAGCGUUUAUUGUCUGUUUCCUCUGUGGUUAUUGUCAAGAAUAUGUAAGACCAACCUAACAUCCCAGUUUGAUGUUAGACUGUGUUUAAUUCUGUUCCUCAUUGAAGUUCCCCAUUGAUUUGUGGAAAAUGAAUACUUCACUGCUUUUAUCAUUGCCACAACGAGAAGAACAAAAUUGAAAAUCAAACCUAAAAGUGGCUAUUGAUGUCAUGACUUCCCUGAACUGUGUGGUGAAAAAUCUCAAACUGUGUGUGGCUGUAGGGUUCUGUAAAAUCUUUUUAUGUUCAAAUGUACUGUAUGUGUGUGUAAAUUUUUUAAAUGUUGGAAUGGUCUUGUUUGCAGAAUGAAUUAAGGGUGAAAUUUACACUGGGGUUACUGAUGGCGUAGUGGUACACUCGGCUGACUUUGGUGUGAGCAGCAUGGGUACAGUUCCCACUCAGCGACUCUACAAAUGGUUAUCUGUUUGUACACUGCAAAGUAUUCUCCCUCUUCCUGGUUUCUGUUUUUUUCCCCCAUAUCAAUCACACACAAAGGUUUCAAAUCGUCAAACCAAUUUUAAUCUCACUCAGACAAACCAAGGAAAUACAAAAUUCAGUUUUCAAGUGACAAUUCAAUUUAAUAAGGCACAACAAAAUCCCAAACCUUUUUGACCCGAUGUGAAAGAGUAAUUGUCUCCUUGUGAUAAUUGGUGACGAGUCUUUCACAUCACUCUGGAGGAAUUUUGUCCCACUCUUCUUUGCAGAAUUGUUUCAACUCAUCCAUAUUAGAGGGUUGUCUAGAAUAAACUGAGGUUUAAGGUCACACCACAGCAUCUUAAUUGGAUUGAAUUAAAUCUUAAAUAAACCUUAAUUUUCUUUUUUCUUGAGCCAUUCAGAGUCGGAUUUACUUGUGUAUUUUGGCUCGUUGUCUUGCUGCAUGAGCCAACAGUGCUUGAGUUUGGGGGCACAAACUGAUGGCCAGACAUUCUGCUUCAGAUUUUUCUGGUACACAAGAGCAUUCAUUCUUCCAUCAGUCACAGAAAGUUGUCCUAGUUCUGAGGUAGAAAAGCAGCUGUCACACUGCCACCACAGUGCAUCACUGUUGGCAUGUUCUUUUUAUCAAAUGCUGUGCCAUGUUUUAUGCUCGAUAUAAUGGGCUGCACACCUUCCAAAAAGUUCAAUUUUUGACUCAUCAGUACACAGAAUGUUUGUCCAAAAGUCUUGAGGAUCAUCAACGUGUUUUUUGGAAAAUGUCAGAUUAACCUUUGUAUUUGCUGACAUCAGGGGUUUUUGCCUGGCAACUCUCCCAGGGUUGGCCAACGUCUUUUUUUUAUGGUAGAGUCAUGAACACUGACUUUAACUGAGGCCUGCAGGUCUUUGUUUUUCGAGGUUUUUUCAUGAUGUUGAUGAGUUCUCGCACUCUUGGAGUAAUUUUAGUUGGUUGUCCACUCCUGGGAAGGUUUGCCACCAUUCCCAUUUUUCACCACUGGUGGAUAAUGACUGCGACAGUGGUUUGCUGGAGGCUCACACCCUUGGAAAUGGCUCUGCAACCUUUUCCAGACUGAUGGAUUUCAAACACUUUUUUCACAUUUGUUCUUUAAUUUCUUUGGAUACUCGUAUGAUGCACUGGUUCUUGAAAUUCAUGUUCUCUGACAGAUUAAAGAUUUCUUGAUAAAACAAGUAUGGUGGUAAUUAAGUUUGGGUGUGACUUGUGAAGUUGAAGUAACCUUUCCCAAAUUUGUGUUUAGUCACAGUGGCUUGUUAGUGACUAAUGACUUUUUUUUCAGAGGGUCUGAAAAGUUUGGAUUUUUUAAUGCCUUAGUGAAUUGAACUGUCAUUUGAAAACUGCAUUUUGUAUUGCCUUUGGUUGUCUGAGUAAUAUUAAAAUUGGUUUGAUGGAAACAUUUGUAUUUGAUAGUUAUGGAAAAAAGAAACACAAAUCAGGAGGGGACCAAAUACUUUUUCAUGCCACUUUGUAUGUCCCUUGCGACUGACUGGCAAACCAGUUCAGGCUGUACUACACCAUUCACUCCAGGUCAGAUGGAAUGAUCUCCAGUGCCCUGCGACCCUAACCAGGAUAAGUGGUGUUGAGAAUGGAUGGAUAUUUACGCUGGAGGGCAGCACAUCUUCCUCACAGUUAUGAGGACCGGGGUUCAAAUCUCAUCUUUGUCUGUGUGGAGUUCUCAUGUUCCCCUCAUGCCUGCGUGAAUGUUCUCAUGGUCCUCCAGGUACCUCCCACAUCCCAAAUACAUGGAUGACUGAUGGCCAGUACAGGGUCUACCCCGCCUCUCACCUAUAGUAAGCUGAGAGAGGCGGCAGCACACUCGCACCCCUAUGUAGUGAAGAAGGUUGCCCAAUACAUGGUUGAUGUGUUGGAAGACAGUCGAGACAAAGUGCAGGAGAAUUUAUUGGCCAAUGGAGUUGACCUUGUCACCUAUAUUACACGGUUUCAAUGGGACAUGGCCAAGUACGUUAUCAAGCAAUCACUUAAAAACAUCUCUGAAAUAAUCUCAAAGCAAAUCAUGCAGAUUGACAACGACUUGAAGAACCGAGCAUCGUCUUAUAACAACCUGAAAGGAAACCUACAGAACCUUGAAAGGAAAAAUGCAGGGAGCCUUCUCACGAGGAGCCUCGCUGACAUUGUCAAGAAGGAAGACUUUGUUCUUGACUCUGAGUACCUUAUCACCUUAGUGACUGUUGUUCCAAAAACAUUUUAUGCUGACUGGCAGAAAACAUAUGAAACACCUGCUGAGAUGGUGGAGCCCCGAUCCUCAAAUCUUUUAUUUGAGGACACUGACAGUGGAUUGUUCAGCGUGACUCUGUUUCGGAAAGCUAUCGAUGACUUCAAACACAGAGCCAGAGAGAACAAGUUCUCAGUGAGAGACUUUCAGUACAAUGAAGAGGAGAUGACGUGACUAUCUACAGAUAAAAAGAAGCAAUUUGUAGGUGGGACAAAGUAUUACCUGUGGUGUUUACCACAUAUCUUUGGACAUAUCCAGAAGCGAGAAAGUGAGUAUAUUGGUAGAAGGGUGCUGAGGAUGGAGCUGCCAGGUAAAAGAGCGAGAGGAAGACCAAAGAAAAGGUUGAUGGAUGUUGUGAGAAAGACAUGAGGGCAGUGGGUCUUAGAGAGGAAGAUGCACGCGAUAGGCUUAGAUGGAAAUAGAUGACACGCUGUGGCAACCCCUAACGGGACAAGCCGAAAGGAAAAGAAGAAGUUGAGCACAUAUCUUCCAUAUUCAAUUAUGUUCAAUAAGAAAUAUCUUUUAUUUUGUUUGUAACCUGAACUGUACUUGUAUGAUGUAGGGACCACUCGUUCGAUGGCUGAAAGUAAACUUCAGUGAAGCCUU